AUGAAGGUCACCGAACAAGGCUCACGCCGACGGGCAGCAUGGCUUUUUAUGGCUUUUGCCUUCGCAAGUCUCGUUAUGCCUCGAAACCGAGGCUCGAGACAUGGACUAUCCAUCCAGGUUGAAGAUGCCAAGGAAGAAGGCCUCGGAGAAACACCAGCUGUUGUAGAUAACCGUGCCUCCAUACAAUCCCCUGCAAUGUAUACCGAAAUGAGAGACACUUUACUUCGUGAUGACUUCGGUCGGGAGAAGAUAGAGGUAAACGCUUUAGAAAUAGAAAAAGAUGCAAUUGAGCAGGAACUGGCUGUCGCAAAAGAUGCAUUAACUUCGUUGCAAGAGGAGAAGACUAGACUUGAGAACAAACUCGGAGAAGUGCUGUCUACAUCCAAUGCACAAAAAGAGGAACUUGAAGCUAUGACGAGAAAUCUACGUCUGCUGAAGCGAGAAUUCCUAGAGGAAACGAGGAACACUAGUCCAGAAGAACAGAACUCUGAAGAUCCGCGUAGUUGGAAAAAAGAAGAUUUUCAGCAAACAUUGGGACAGAAGCUCAGAAACUUUCUUCGACACACAAGCGGGUAUUGGAAACUACAUACGGGCGAUUUCCGCCUAGACGAGUCGUCGAUGUCCACGUCAUAUUCGAAAUCAAUAGGUGACAUGUUGCGAUGGCUCAACACUACUGCAUCGUCAGUUGGAGAGUCACACAGAUGGUUGGAAAUCAGCAGCCAGAUUGUGGUGGCAAACUGCGAUUUCCUUCUGCUUCUUGUGGAAAUGCUCAUCGCCCUGCUAUUUGUGGAUGUUGUAUUAUCGUCAUUCAUAAAUUGGUCCCAGGAACGAAUUGACGGAAACGGCAGAAAAGCGUCUUCUCCUCAAACCAUUUGUUGA